UCUGAGCAGCAGCUUCCUCUCCACUCCAAGCGAGCAGCACUGCAGCAGCACACGACCCCCUCUCCACUCUUCAGCGCUGCCGGCCGCCCCGCCAAAUCUGGUCAAACCCUAACUACAGAUCCCCUUCCUCUCCGCCCGAUUCCUCCGCCCGUCAUGGACUCGCCGGUGCUACCAACCACCGACCGCGGGACGCACCUCUCGCUCCUCGCGGACGAGAUCCUGGAGGAGAUCUUCCUCCGCCUGCCCACCCCGGAGGCGCUCGCCUGCGCGUCCGCCGCCUGCGCCACCUUCCGCCGCGUCAUCACCGACCGCCCCUUCCUCCGCCGCUUCCGCAAGCUCCGCCCGCCGCCCCUCCUCGGCCUCAUCAGCGACAGGGGCGGCGCCUUCCACCCCGCCCAGGCGCCGCACCCCUCCGCGCGGCUCGCCCGCGCCCUCCUCGACGCCGCCGACUUCACCUACUCCUUCGUGCCCAAGCCCAAGGAGGGGUGGCUCAGCCCCUGGCACCCCCGCGACGUCCGCGACGGCCGCGUCCUCCUCGACUGCAGGGUCCCGGGGAGAACCUUCAGAUCCGCCCUCGCCGUGUGCGACCCCUUGUCGCGCCGCUACGUGCUGCUGCCGCCCGUGCCCGAUGACGCCAUAACCGCCCAGGAAGGACGCCCGGCUGAAUUGGCGCCAGUCCUCGCCCCCGUCGGUGACCAUGAGGAUGAGACGUCGUUCAGGGUGAUAUGCAUGGCGCACUACAGAACCAAGGUUGUCGCGUUCGUCUUCUCGUCCGUUACUCGGCAAUGGUGUAUAGCUGCAUCUCCCAGCUGGAGCUCUUUGGGCACAGACCGCCCCCAUGGGCUGCAGAACUGUUCUGAUUCGAGAGGUUGCCGCGGCAUGUCAAGUUUCGACCAUGUGCGUGGCUGCUUCUACUCGGCAUCGCCUUGGAUGGACAAAUUUCUUGUUCUGGAUACACGGAGAAUGGAGUUUUCCACCAUCAGCGAUCACAGUGGUUUCCACGAGCUGCUCAGACGUCUGCCUGGCCAGCCACUUGCAGAACACGGUAUGCAUCACCGAACUCGGCCUGGCCAGACCAGAAGUCUGCCUGGCUUUGUAGUUGGUAGAGAAGGAUCCCUUGAGUUGUUGUCUCUUGUUGGUGAUCACAGUCCAAAUGGAUCGUUUCGUCUUGUUUAUACCACUCAAAAUAACAGCGAAUCUCCCAAGGAAUGGCGGCUGGAGAGUGUUAUACCCUUGCCUGGCCAAUAUGACUAUUUCACCGUUGGCGCAGCUGCGGGAUUCUUAUUUCUCGGAGGCACUACAGAAUCUCAGCAGGACUGUCAUGAAACUGAAUGGGUGGAUACUUGGGAUAUAGAUUAUUUUUCAGUGGAGGUCCGGACUUCAGAACUUAAGAAAAUCUGUACGAUGACAAAGCCAUGCUUCAACCACGAACGUGUCCACCCAUACUUCGGCUUCCCACCAUCGUUGUCAAGACCGACUAUAUGAAGUUGGAUGAACCCAUUUUGCUUUCGAGGUCUGUUAUCUGGGCCAUGCGUCUGCUGCGGAUAUACGGAACACGGUACUGCGAAAAUGUCGGCUCGAUGUAGCAAUAUUUGUUUGCAAAUAAUGUUGUGUUUUGUUUUUGCGGGGGGUGGAAAUAGUGUUAUGUUGAAUGUAUUUAAGCAAAGACAUGCUGUGGCUUUGUCUAGCAUUGAUGUGUGCAUAUACUGUUGUUGUGCUGGGACAAUGGGCUUCACCACUGCGGUGACCUCGUGUAUACCACUAGUAAGAGACAUGUUGUGUUGAGA